GGUUCUGAGCUUCAGCAGGCAUAGAGGAGCAUCAGCUGAGUGGGGCUGGUACCAGGGAACUGGAAAGCUUCUUGGGAAAGGGUAGGUGGAGGGCAUGUCAGUAUGAAGGGCAAAUGAAGAAAGCAAAGAAUUAUGGUGGCAUAAGCUACUACUUUCAAUGAAAUGAUGACCAGUAGGCUGUUUGACUGGGACCUUUAUAGACUGGCAACUGAGCAGAAAGGCUCUGAGUCAGACCCUGAAGCUACUAUACCUGCUAAGGUGGAAGUACAUAUUCCCCUGAGCCCUCAGUUGACUGGUCUGGUACUGCCUGUAACUCAUGGCUGACCUGGACCAAGAGACCUUCUGUCACUACAGUGCCAUUUAGCAAGAAGGCUGGUGAUAAAAGCAUUGUGGGAAAGACCACUUGAGAAGUGACCCAUCACGGAGCUAAGAAGGCUGAAAUCUGGGCAUGCCAUUCCAACUGUCUGUUCUUCCUGGGUCCCCAGGGGGCACUGGACUAGGAUGGCUGAUGGGCUUAUGACAGGAGGUGCCCCAGUCAUCCCCUUCUGGCCCUAUGGAGUCCUCCCCUAUCCCUCAGCCAUCAGGGAACUCCUCUACUUUGGGUUUGCUCCCUCUACCCCAGGGCCCCCCAAGGGUCAAUGGUAGCCCAGAGACAGGGCAUCGGGAUGUGGCCUCGGAGUCUGUGGCCCUCUUCUUCAUGCUCCUGUUGGACCUGACGGCUGUGGCAGGUAAUGCAGCUGUGAUGACAGUCAUUGCCAAGACACCUGCCCUCCGCAAAUUUGUCUUUGUUUUCCACCUCUGCCUGGUGGACCUCCUGGCUGCCCUGACCCUCAUGCCAUUGGCCAUGCUCUCCAGCUCAGCUCUCUUUGACCAUGCCCUCUUUGGGGAGACCGCCUGCCGCCUCUACCUGUUCCUGAGUGUCUGUUUCGUCAGCUUGGCCAUCCUUUCGGUCUCUGCCAUCAAUGUGGAGCGCUACUACUAUGUAGUGCACCCCAUGCGCUAUGAGGUGCGCAUGACCCUAGGUCUGGUGGCCUCAGUGUUGGUGUGUGUGUGGGUGAAAGCCGUAGCCAUGGCCUCUGUGCCAGUGUUGGGGAGGGCCUCACCAGAGCGUGGGCCCCCCGAUUUCCCCCCUGGCUGCUCCCUCCAGUGGAGCCACAGUGCCUAUUGCCAACUCUUUGUGGUAGUCUUUGCUGUGCUUUAUUUCCUGCUACCCCUGCUCCUCAUUCUUGUGGUCUACUGCAGCAUGUUCCGUGUGGCCCGGGUGGCUGCCAUGCAGCAUGGGCCCUUGCCAACAUGGAUGGAGACUCCACGCCGGCGAUCUGAGUCACUCAGCAGCCGUUCUACUAUGGUGACCAGCUCGGGCCCCCCGCGGACCACCCCCCAUAGGACAUUUGGUGGGGGGAAGGCAGCUGUGGUCCUGCUGGCUGUUGGGGGCCAGUUCCUACUUUGCUGGCUACCCUAUUUCUCCUUCCACCUUUAUGUUGCUCUGAGUGCCCAGCCCCUUCCUACACAGCAGGUAGAAAGUGUGGUGACCUGGAUUGGCUACUUCUGUUUCACUUCCAAUCCUUUCUUCUAUGGCUGCCUCAAUCGACAGAUCAGGGGGGAGCUCAGCAAGCAGUUCGUUUGCUUCUUCAAGCCGUCCCCAGAGGAAGAGUUGAGGCUGCCAAGCCGGGAGGGCUCCAUAGAGGAGAACUUCCUGCAGUUCCUUCAGGGGACUGGUGCCACUGAGCCCUGGGCUCCUCAAACCCCAGUCAGCCCAAAGCAGGAACCACCAGCUGUGGACUUCCGAAUCCCAGGCCAGAUUGCUGAAGAGACUUCUGAGUUCUUGGAGCAGCAGCUUCCUAGUGACAUCACUGUGUCAGAUGGCUACCUCCAUCCGACUCUCUCACCCCAGCCUGAACCAUGAUGCACUCCAGAGGACCUGGAGGGAGAUGGGGCUGGGGGACUGGCCUCUCUGAUCUCCCUCCUCAUGGCAGUGACCCACCUCCAGCCCCCUGGACAAUCUGGUACAAGAGACAAAGGUGGGGCAUGGGGAGAAUGGGGUUUCCAGACAUUGGCAUUGCCAGUUAGUUCUCUACUCCUGUCCAUCAAUCUCAGAACCAUCUUCAGUGACAAAGACUUAAAUGUCUCUCCUACCAAGAGCUUUGGGCAGGGGAAGGACACUGGGCUCAGAUGUUAACCAACUGCGACUUGAAUAAUAGUGCGUUUGAUGGUUUCAACUGGUGACCGGAGCAUGGACCUGCCAAAUCUUAGAAGGAGGGAUAGCAAGUGUAAGCAGGAAAAUCUAUAGCCUCCUGUGCACUCCAUUCUUCCUGGUUUAACUGGUGGACAGGGUGAGCCCACAGGAUCUCCACAUGGUCAUAGGGCCCUGUCAGGUCUAGAGAGUGACCCGGCCAGCACUGACCAAAUUUCUGGCUCAUUCAGCAAAAUGGGAAAAUGAGCUCAUUCUUACCUUUGAGCAGCCAAUAAAUGUUUUCUUUUUAAAAAUUUAUGUUGCAACCACCAAUGAUUCCAUCAAUUCAAUAUAACACAUACCUAUUGAAUACCCACAGAGUAUUUUUGGGCAGGGGGUAUGGCUUGUGUUAAUUCCUGCCCCCAAGACAUUGAAGUUCAAUUUAAUCUAUCAGUCAGCAAGUAGUUUUACUCACAAAUUAGGCAGCGGUAUAGAAAGCAUUUGGAAGACAUAUUAAUGAACAGAUAAAGUCCCUGCCCUCAAGGUGCUGAAUGACCCAAAUUUUUUUUGAAAGGAUAACUACAUCAGAGAAUGCUGUACACAUGAAUAUUUCAACCAAGCAUUUGUUAGUCUCAUGCUUUUCUUGUGGAGAAGAUGGAGCUAUGUGGGCUAAUUGAGACUAUAGCUAGGUAGAUUCAGACUUGACUGAAUGAUCAUAUCCAAAGAUUAACCAAUCACUCCAUGCCAAAUUAAGAGGGAGAUUUCUAGUGGAGUGCCCAAGGAAACUGUCCUGGGCCCUAUACUGUUCAAUGUCUCUGUCAAUUACUUGAAUGAAUCCACAGAAGUUAUGUUUGUCAAAUUUUCAUGAUACAAAGCUAAGAAUGGCUAACAAGCUGAAUGAUGAUGGUUAGGAUCCAAAACGUUUCAACAGGCUAGAACAAUGGGCCAAACUUAAGAUAAAAUUGAAUAGAGAUAAAUGCAAAGUUUUACAGUCAGGUUAAAAAAAAUGAUCUUUUAAUGAGUAUUGGCUAGGCAACAGUCUAUGUGAAGAAGUUCUGGGGGGGUUUAGUUGAAUGCAUGCUUGAUAUGAGUCAACAGUGUAACGUGGAAACAAAAGAACUAAUACUAUUCAUAGUGUUAUAGAUCAAAGGUGGUGAAAUAGCUGGAGAACAUGCCCAAGAUUCAGAUGAAAUAAAUGAGGGUGUUUACUCUGGAGAGAAAAUGGGAUAGGGAGGGUACAUCUGGAGUGCUGUCAAGUACAAAUGAUUAACCUGUUCUGCCUGGCCCCAGAAGGCAGCACCAGGAGCAAGGGGUAGAAGUUUCAGGGAAAACUUGGAUUGAAUGUUAGAAAAACUUUCUAAAUGAUUGGUGCUGCCUAAAAGGUGCAUGGCCUGCCUCCCAGCAUGGUGGGUUCCCCCCUCAGCAGACAUUCAAGCAGAGGCUGAAUGACCACUUGUUAGGAAUGGCCUGGAUUCUUUCAUCCAGAAUUCGGAGCUUACAGAUCCCUUAAGGCAUUCACAUAAGGAGCUCUAGGGGGUCAUGGGUAAAGGCAGGUGGGGCAGAAAAGAAAUCUGGGAGAUGACUCCCCCAGAAAAUAGCAGGUCGUCCAGGCUCUCUGGCAUUUAUUAAGCACCUACUCCAGUCUAGCCUCUUGAGGAACUCCACUCGGAAGAAGGUGUAGCCAGUGAGGGAGGUAGUUCAUGUUUUGGAGAACAGAGCUCCAUUGCUUUUUCUUCCCUCCUAUGACAAGGAUGGUGGUACCCUUCCUACUGGAUGUGGGACAACUGCAACUUCUACAGCAGCUAGCUUGCAGCUCCCACAAAGAGCCAGCAGGUGGCACUGCAAGACACAGAAAUAGGAAGAGUGGCCUCCGCCCUUGCCCCCAGUGCCUGUCAGCCAUUUUGUUAACUAAUUUUGCCCACUCUUUUGGCUAUUUCACCCAACCUUUGGCUUUUACAUUUACCGGGAACUUAUUAAGUGUGAGGGUUUCUCUAAUCUUUCAGUGCUAAGAAACCUCAAGUUAUCUUACACCACAUCCCAAUGGUGUUGGAAGGCAGGUAGUUUUGUAAAAACAACACUAGACUAGAUGCAGCACUUGAGUUCUAGUCUUGGCUCUGCCAUUUAUUAGUCAUGUGACCUCAGGAUAUUUUUUAAUUGCUCCAAACCUCAGUAUUUUCAUCUGCAAAAAAUGGAGAUGAUGAUACCUACCCUAUCUUAUAGAUUUAUUAUGAGUAAAAAGUGACAGUAUAUGAAAGUGCUUUGUAAACUGAAAAGACAAAUAUGAAGCAUUAUUAUUGGUGCUACGCUACGAGAAAAGCACAUAGGAUCAAAGAUCUAGGGCUGAAAGGGACCUCAGAGGCCUUCUAGCCCAAUUCUCUCAUUUUC